CUCUGAAAACGUCGUGUUCCAUCGUCGGCUACCCAUCUCAUACCAGGCCUAUCGCUUGUGGUCUCUUCACCCGCCCCAUAAUUCUCAGUCGGCGCGUCGUUCUCUCUCGCAUUCCUCGGCGUCUUCAAUCCAUCAUCGGGUUUCAACCACCGCAAUAAUGGAUCUUGCAGCCUUGGAAAAUUCGGAAAGGGCUGACAGGUGGGACAAAGGCAUCAAGAUCGGAGAGGGAACCUUUGCCAAUGUAUAUAAAGGUAAAGAGAAGAGUACCGGACGAAAGAUUGCUAUCAAAAAGAUCAAAGUCGGAGAAAUGAGACAUGGGCUGGAUGUGACCGCUCUGCGGGAAGUCAAGUUCCUGCAAGAAUUGAAACACCCCAACAUUAUUGCUCUUCUCGAUGUCUUUUCAGUCAAACAGAACGUCAAUCUGGUCUUAGAGUUUCUUGAUACCGACCUCGAAGCUGUCAUUCGAGAUACGGCAUUGAUUUUCCAGAAUGCUGACAUCAAGAGCUGGAUGGUGAUGUCUUUGAGGGGGCUAGAAUAUAUCCACCGCAAUGGUGUACUCCAUCGAGAUUUGAAGCCCAACAACUUGCUGAUUGCGGCCAGCGGGGAGCUGAAGAUAGCAGAUUUCGGCCUGGCACGCGAAUUUGCAGAUGCUGGUAGCAAGAUGACAUGUCAAGUCAUAACUAGGUGGUACCGCCCCCCCGAGCUUCUGUUUGGCUCGCGCCAUUACUCACCCGCGGUGGACAUAUGGUCAAUGGGCACAAUAUUAGUCGAGUUGGUGUUACGCACUCCCUUCUUGGCCGGGGAGACCGAUAUAGACCAAUUGAAGAAAACUUUCCACGCCAUGGGGACACCGUCGGAGCAAGAAUGGCCAGGUCACACCAAACUCCCAGAUUACCACGAUGUUGGCUCUUUCCCAAAGAAUCAGUGGUGGGGCCUGAUUGCUUCCAUCGGCAAAGACGGCCAAGAUCUGGCACGGGAUCUGCUCAAAUUUGAUCCUCGACUACGCCCCUCCGCAAAGAUUGCAUUGAACCAUUCGUUCUUCGGCUCUUAUCCAGUUCCUACUCCACCUGCGCUCCUUCCCAAGCCUCUUGCCGAGCUUCGUGCCAGGCCUCUGGCGCCUGAUGAACUCAAUGGAAAACCGUUGACCGAUUCCAACCAGGGACUGAAGCGUAAGGCAGAAACUCCUGUAGGAGACAGCGUAUCGCGAAAACUUGUCUUCGCCUGAUGUCGAUACUGUCACGGAGCUCGCCAUUCUUCCAAGCACACUUUUGACACUCUUUGUAGUCUCUAUAUGUACACGUAUCAUGAUAUGCAUGCCAGAAACAGUGGACCCACA